AUGUGUGACUUCAAGUGCUUCAGUUUGAAUGUUGAAGGAAAUUUGGCUGGAUUCUUAAAGCUGCUAUACUACGUCCACAAGGAUUUUCGGCGUUACAAGCACGAGAAGACGACGGAGGCGGUGGCGGUGGUGUCGCUGGUGGGAGUGGAGGUUGAUCAUCUUGAACUGAUGCACGGUUGGUCGAUGGUAGGUGAAACUGUCCUUGCGCUGGGUCAGGAGGAUCUAUAA